UAUUUUUAAUGAAUCAUCAUCCUCCUCGUCGUCUGCACCACCAGAUAAGAUUUUAAACCUCUGAAACUCUAAUCCUCUCCAGCACACAAAACCCCCCACAUUUGUCUACAAAAAUUACCAACCCACCCUCAAUCUUCGUCCCCUGAAACCCUAGCUUUCCUAUUUCCAAUGUCGUCUUCUCCAAACUAAGCUCCUCUCCGAGACCAUAUAACACCAUGAAUUUACCAGCGAGUUUUGGCGGGAACUUCGUUCCUUUAUCAUCACAGUCUUGCUACUGUGACCACCGCUUCUUUCCAUCCAUUGUUUCUUCGCUCUCUACUCCCCAAAAAUGGAUCAAUUCUCGCCCAAACCAAGUCUCCAGGUUAGCGUUUCAUGGGAAGCGAGAUGUUGUUUGCAGAGUAACUGAGACUGAGACCGAACCAGAAAGCGAAAAUGACAAAGAAAAGGGAGUACAUGAAGAUGGUGAAAUGUCGGCUUCGACUGAUUCAAUUACGCCUGUUGUUGAUCAAGACCAGUCCGUUGGGACAGGGAUGAUUGAUUCAAAUAACCCAAUAAAUGAUAAUGGUGGAGAAAUCAAGGUGCAAGGUGGCACAGAGGCUGGAGAUAAUGUAGAAGUUGCAAGUGGAUCCCCUCUUCCAGGUGUGAAGCCACAGCAACUUGAUGAAUUAAUCAGGAUACCAAAGGCGACAAUUGAAAUUCUUAGGGACCAUGUAUUCGGCUUUGACACCUUUUUUGUGACAAGUCAGGAGCCGUAUGAGGGUGGAUUAUUAUUUAAGGGAAACCUGCGAGGGCAGGCUGCUAGAAGUUAUGAAAAGAUAAUGAAGAGGAUGGAAGACAAGUUUGGGGAUCAAUAUAAGCUUUUCCUUUUAAUCAAUCCAGAGGAUGAUAAACCAGUAGCUGUUGUGGUUCCAAAAAAGACCUUGCAACCAGAAACAACUGGUAGAUCAACUUUUGAUAAUCUUGACUUAUUGAAGGAUGGCUUGCCUGGAGCCAUUGUGACUGCACUUAUUUUGGGUGUGCAUGAAAUCAGCCACAUUUUAGUUGCAAAAGAUGCUGGAGUUAAGCUUGGGGUGCCAUACUUCGUACCAAGUUGGCAGAUAGGCUCUUUUGGUGCUAUUACUAGGAUUGUAAAUAUUGUACCCAAGCGUGAGGAUCUUCUGAAGGUUGCAGCAGCAGGACCAUUAGCUGGCUUCUCCUUUGGUCUUGUCCUUUUGCUUCUGGGGUUCAUCUUGCCUCCCAGUGAUGGUAUAGGUCUUGUCAUUGAUGCCUCUCUGUUUCACGAGUCAUUUCUUGCUGGUGGUAUAGCAAAGCUUCUUCUUGGUGAUGUUCUCAAGGAAGGCACUCCAAUAUCUGUCAACCCUCUUGUAAUAUGGUCGUGGGCAGGACUUCUCAUUAAUGCCAUCAACAGCAUCCCUGCAGGGGAGCUUGAUGGGGGAAGAAUUUCUUUUGCCAUAUGGGGAAGAAAGGCUUCCGCUCGCUUGACAGCUGCCUCCAUUGCGCUGCUUGGAAUAUCCUCUUUGUUUAAUGAUGUGGCAUUUUAUUGGGUAGCUCUGAUAUUCUUCUUGCAGAGAGGACCAAUUGCCCCACUUUCCGAAGAAAUCACCAACCCUGACAACAAGUAUGUUUCUCUUGGGAUUGUAGUUCUGAUAUUGGGAGUGCUGGUGUGCUUACCUUACCCAUUCCCUUUUACAAGUGAAGCCAUUACAAGUUUCUAGCAACACAGUAUAUACCAACUUGAAAUCUUACUGUAGAUAGCGAAGGGUCUAUGCUAAUUAGUUCCUCUCAAGAGAACUCUUGCUAUUGGCUCGUAAGGUAUUCUGAUUAUAUAUCAAGAUUUAGUGAGAAUAAUUCUUUCUUCUAUAUUUUUUGUUCAUUUUGAGGCAUAAAAUAAAUACUUGUAAUAUUUGUUCCUUGCUAUACGCAACAUAUGUUGGUGGAAACUGGCAUUUUUUUUUUAAAGUUCAUUUUUCCUUGCAUAAAUU